GAUAUUUCGGAAAUCGACAGUUCACUCCUGCUGUACAAUAAGUUUAUAUAACAGUCUGUGGAUCAGUGGAGGAGGUUUCUGUGCGGCUCGGACUUGCUUCCCUCCACAUUCACUUUUACCUGACUGAACAUAAUUUGAUAAUCUCAGUGUGGAUGACGGCUAUGGCCUUUAUGCAAGUACAGUUCAAGCGAAUAGCUCUGCUGUCUGGAAGAGGAAUCUGUAUCCCUAAUGUGAAUAAUACUGUUAAAACCAGAGUGAAUAACUGCAGAUUCAAUGCAGUGCAUUAUUCUGCACGUGGGAUCAAAGAUAAAAAAACUCUAACCCUCAAAUUAGUUAAACCAAUAUAUGAGACACAUCAUUUCUUAAGACCACCAGUGUCCUGUACUUGUAUCAGCACUGACCUCAUUCGUGCAUUGUCAACAAAUCAGCAACCUUCUGCGAGGGGCAAGAACAGCCAGCCCUCCAUCCCAGAAUCAAAAGCAUCAUCAUCAGUCUUGGAGGGUGAAACACUUGCAAUGGGCAUGUGGUCCUUGGGGCUUGGGGCCGUGGGUGCUGCCAUUGCCGGCAUAAUUCUUGCCAACACUGAUUUUUUUCUGACCAAGCCUGAACAUGCUACUGUGGAUCACCUGGAGGAUGCUGACCUCAAAACCACUCUGGGAGAUGAGAAGACAUUUAAAGCUAAAACACUGUGGGCGACAUCUGGUGCAGUGAUCAUGGCUGUCCGACGGCCUGGAUGAUUUUUGUGCAGAGAGGAGGCCGCUGAGCUGUCCUCUCUGAAGCCCCAGCUGGACCAGCUUGGGGUCCCUCUGUAUGCUGUUGUCAAAGAGGACAUCAAUACAGAGAUCCAGGAUUUCAGACCUCACUUUACUGGGGAUAUUUUCCUGGAUGAAAAGCAAGCUUUCUAUGGACCAAUCCAGAGAAAAAUGGGUGUCCUUGGCUUCAUUCGUCUAGGGGUUUGGCAGAACUUCAUUCGAGCUUGGAAGUCAGGUUACCAGGGAAACAUGAAUGGAGAAGGCUUCAUCCUGGGUGGGGUGUUUGUCAUAGGGUCUGGCAAGCAGGGAAUACUUCUCGAGCACAGGGAGAAGGAGUUUGGCGACAAAGUCAACACUGAGUCAGUUUUGGAGGCAGCUAAGAAAAUAGUGGUAGAGAAAUAGAUUAGAUUUGUAAUCUUUUUGAUCUACACCAUGUUUUCAGUAUGGAACAAAAAGGUAAAGGUUAAAAGGUAAUUCUAAGCUUCCAUUAAAAGAAACCUCAAAAGUUAAGUUAAAACAAACACAGAAUAAGUAUUUACACAUCACACCUCAUUUUCUUUACUAAUGUGAAUAUACAGGAAAGCUCAGGUUCUGCUGGACUCUAGACACUACAGUAAUGUUAUUGACUGAGCCACACAGUGUUGCAGUAAUAGUGAUUUUAGGUAAGGUACUACAUAGAUUGUACUGUUUGCUACACUGUUGAGUUUGCACUUUAGAAAUUACUGUGUUGUACUGUGCAAUUCUUCACUAAUCGGGCUUCAUUGGCUGUCUGCUGCUGGACUGGAGAUUUGGCCUGUGUGUUUUAAUGACAGUCUGACUCGAAACUCCUGAGUGAGAGAGCAGAUUUGAAGCUCAACACAUUCUUUCCUGCUAGCCUGUUCUUGGUUAGUGGAUGGCCAAUGGCCCUGAGCCAGAUGGAGAAUGCCAUUUACAAUAAAAUACAUCUGCAAGCUGA